UGGGCCUGACAGUAUAUUGGAUGUGUUUAAUUGUGCUUUCACUAGAUCCCACAUUGGAAACACUUGUCAGUGAGUUCUCAUCGAACACUACUGUGUUACUCGGAAACGAUGCCACACUUUUAUGUACCAUUAAGUAUCAAACGGAGGGGAGUAUUGUUUUGUGGAAAAAGAUUGACUGGGGAUCGAAUAUACUGACAUUAAACAACAAAACGACUCACAAGGAGAAAUACGAAGUGGUGGAUCAAUAUAAUUUAAUGAUCAAAAGAGUUGGGUUCCAGGACGAGGGACUUUAUGAGUGUGAUACAGGAGAACAACGUCUGACAGUGGCCUUACAGAUAGCAGUUCCAAUGACAAACAUGUCCGUUCACUGGGACGUACCUGUGCCUUUCCAGCGGAAUGCAUUCGUCAAUUUGACGUGUGUUUCUAUAAAUAGCCGCCCUCCCGCGACGUUACGCUGGUUCCGUGGAGCCCACGAAGUCUCCCACGCGUCAGUGAACAAUGAAAAAACGACGCGGCAAAAUGGUUAUGGGGACUCUUCCAGCACUUUAGUCGGUCAGGUUUCCUCCGAGGACGUACCUUAUGUUUGUAUCGCAGACCUACCAGAUAACCCGAGUGUUCGGAAAGAAUUCCUAUUUCCACCAUUAAUUGGUGCAUCGGCUCGUCCUACCAGUGAAUAUUUUGUAACUAUUGUAAUAACAAUUUAUUCGCUAUUGUGUUAUACAAUGAAAUGGCUAAGUAUCAUAUAAAAAUAUUUAUUUUAU